CGUCGCUGCGAUGUCAUUCUAAAAUUGUAAUAUGACACUGAAGAAAGUGAGAGGGAAAACUGAAACAGGAAGAACAAUCCUGUUUAAUUCCCCAAAUUCCAAACGUGAUCCUGAAACCCUAACUAGUCCCUAACCGUGUGUAUAAUUGUGAAUUAUGGAUGCCAAAGAUAUCCUGGGAUUGCCAAAAAACUCAUUCCCCUCUCUUGAGAAGAAGUCUCGACCUCCCAAAGAGUCUCAACGAAAACCUGAUGGCAUUUCGCGCGAGGUGUAUGCGCUUACAGGUGGAUUGGCCCCUCUUAUGCCUUCUAUUGAAGCUUCUCAAUUGAAGAAAAAGCCUCCUCCUGUCGAAAAGAUCACUUGGCAGUGGCUUCCUUUCACCAGCUCUGCUCGAAAAGAUAAUCUUCAACUUUACCACUGGGUUCGAGUUGUCAAUGGCGUUCCUCCCACGGGGGACUAUUCUUUUGCCAAGUAUAAUAAGGCAGUUGAUGUGAUCAAAUACACAGAUGAGGAGUAUGACAAGUUUUUGACAAAUCCUAUGUGGACCAAAGAGGAGACUGAUCAACUAUUUGACCUAUGUGAGAGAUUUGAUCUCCGAUUUGUUGUAAUAGCCGAUAGGUUUCCAUCAUCUCGGACUGUAGAGGAAUUAAAGGAUAGAUAUUAUAGUGUUUCGCGGGCUAUAUUGGUUGCUAGAGCUCCAUCUUCUGGUGAUGUUGCAGCAAAUCCUCUUGUUAAGGAACUGUAUAAUGUUUCACAAGAAAUGGAGCGAAAGCGAGCACUGUCCAUGGUCCUCUCUCAAACAAGGCAACAAGAACGCAGAGAUGAAGAGGUUCUUGUUGAAGCAAAAAGAAUAGCUGAAUCUCGCAUUCCACCCAAGGUUGCUGAAGAGUCUCAUUUGGCUGCUUCUAAUGCUGGUGCAGAAGCUACAGAAAGAGCUGUCCCUGGUGAAACUGUAUCUCCAUCGAAUGUGCAACUUCCAUCAAUGGUUGUGCCUCCUACAUUAUCAGAUAACGCAUCUACUCUAGCUUCUCUUCGCAUGCUUCGUGUAUAUUUGAGAACAUAUGCACUUGAGCAAAUGGUGCAAGCUGCAAACUCAUCUGCUGGACUUCGGACUAUCAAACGGGUUGAGCAAACCUUGCAAGACCUUGGGGUCAAUUUGAAACCAAGAGUUCCAACAAAAGCUGUUUGUGCGGAGCACCUUGAAUUAAGAAAAGAAAUACUAACUUGGCUUAAUCUCCAGAAACAGGUUCAAUAUAAAGAGGCCGAAGGUUCCUCUUUUCGUGAUGGGUCAUAUGGUGAAACACCUGGCACACCUAAGCAUUUACAUCGUGCUGGGGAUCAGGAUCGAACAUUCAUUCCAGAUGCAAUGAAUUUUGGAGUGGAACGGGUUAGCAAAAAGGACCAAAAGCGUAAGGCACCUGGAGCUCCAUCGGCUCAUAAAAGACCUAGAAAACUAAAGGCCACAGAUCUCUAGUUCCUCUGGUGGAAACCGAGAAAAAGGGUGUUUCAAUUCCAAGAAUAUUUUUAAUCAAAAUUAUGAAUGUGGAAACUGGCUUUGGACUCAACACCUGGAAAUUCUGAUUGUAGUCCAACUGCAGUUCUGUUUACUUCGGUCUGCAAUUUUAGACUAUUGCCACUCUUGCUCUUCAAUGUAAAGAGAAAAUUGAGAUCCCUGGGAUGAAUGAGAUCUCCCAUCUUUAGCAUGUCCUGAGAAGCUGGACUUUAUUUCUCACGCUGAUAAUGCUUUGUAGGGAUACCAGGUACAAAAAUGGCUUCUUAUUUGGAUAUGCAUGUAUAUAAGUUUAGAAACGGGAAUUCCGGAUGUUUUUGAAGGCUUAUGAAUGCUGAAAUUGGGAGCAAUUGGAAAGACUGCAUUGCUUCA